AUGAUUUUGAAACCCUCAAACUCAUACUUUCAUUUCCAUGGUAAGAAAGCCAUAAUAUUUCAAAGGAUUAUCAAACCAAUAUGGGGAUUUUGUUCUGAUAUAUUUCCCAUUGCAAAAUAUAAAAGAAAACCUUAUUUGUUUAUUUUUGCGAUUAUUUGCUUUUUGCUAGAAACUUUUAUGGCAGUAAGCGAUGUUGAUCGGAAAACGGCAUUCGUUAUAAUAUUUCUAAUUCAACUAUGCAUUGUAUUUUGCAAUGUGAUAGCAGAGGCAGUGCUUGUUGAAUAAAGUCACGAAGUGAAUACAAGCAGGAAUGUAGCUUUGUUUUUUGGAAUGAGAGCAGUUGGAGGAUAUCUCUAUACCUACAUUGCAUUCAAUUUCCCUAUCCAUAGAAAUAAUUUAUAAGAUUUUUAGGUGUUAUCUUUAUUUCCAUUAUUGAUUGCGAUUUUAUCAGUCUUCCUUCCAGAAUAACAAAUGGUCGAUGAGAUUAAGAUGAAACAAUUAAGAGCCAACCUACAAAAGUUCAUUUUGGACCCAGUUAUCUAUAGGCCAUUAUUGUUCAUAUUCUUUUUCAUGGCUACUCCGUCACCUGCAACUUCAAUGUUCUAUUUUUACAUAAAUCAACUGAAGCUAAAUGAUGAAUUUUUCAUAACUCUAAGAUACACUUACAGCUUUUGCACCAUCAUGGCUGUGACGGUCUAUUAUUUAUUCAGGAGGUAUCCAUUUGGACAAUUCUUGUCUGUAUCAAAUAUGCUUUAUUUCUUUGCAUCCUUCCUAUCAUUGCUUUUAGUUACGAGGAUCAACAUCGAAUACAACAUCCCAGACUAUUAAUUUUGUAUGUGGGAUAACAUUCUAAUGUAGACCCUAUAAGAGAUCAACACUCUGCCAGUUCUGGUUUUGGGAGCCAAGAUGUGUCCCAAGAAUUUGGAAGGCACUGUGUACAGUUUAUUGACGGGGACUAUGAAUUUGGGGAACACAAUUUCGAAGUAGAUUGGAAUUGUUCUGACUUUCUAUUUGGGGAUUACGAAUCAGAACUUUACUCAUCUAUGGCUUCUGAUUCUGAUUUGUACUGUAGGGUCCUUGUUGCCAAUGCCAUUCAUUGGGACUGUGAAUGAAGAGGAGGUGGAUCAAAAGAAAAAAAGUCUUGCAAAGGAUGAAAUUCAUAUAAAAGUAGAAUGA